GCUCUCUUUUUCCCCUGCUUCUCCAAUCUCCACCAAGAAUUUCUUUGCUCUACUCUCAUCUCCUUACCUUUCCUUCCCCGGUUCCCUCUCCUUCCUCUCGCCCGCCUGUCUAUGUCACCGUCUCCUUGUUUGCUACCGCUGCCUCACCGGCAGCGCAAAAACACCAGCCUUGCUGGCUCGCCGUCGCUGACCGGCCGGACCGCGCGGCGACGACGGCCGGCCGGCUCGCUCAUUCGUCCGUUCCUCCUCCCCUCCACGGUGCCUCGUGCUUUUUGUGCGUGGUUGGAGUGGUUGAACCGAGCAGAGCCGAUGGUGACGAUCCCGCGCUAUGAAACCAUUUUAAUACGCGCCUCUGCAGCUGAAACCUGACGAGCUAACCAGAUUUUAGGUGGUUACCUCUGUCGCUUCUUCCCACCCCUCGCCAUUCACCGCGACGCCUCUUUUCGCUUAGGAUAUAGUUCGCGCUCUGGUCGCUUGCGCUUGUAUCUUCCUCCUCGUUUACCCCCUUUCGGUUUGAGUCGAAUGAAUUCAGCCAUAAAUAAGUGAGUAGCCGGAGGGGUAACGGAACUCGUUUUCCAGGCGGCCGUCGUCUCGAGGACUGCCGCCUCGGUAGUUUUCUAUUCGAGCAGCGCGGUUCCGGGUCGCACAUUGGUUGCAGCUAGUAGCCGGGAUCGUGUUGUGUCAGCGGACGCCCACGGCGAUUAGUGGUUGAGCUAACCGGCGGCCUGCAGGUUACUGACUGGCUUGGUGUGUCAUGGACAAGUGCGUUUCGUGCUGAUUUCUUGACCUUCGAGCUGGCUCCCGGCGAUCGAGUGGGGGCGUCAUGGCGGUGGAGCACGGGGAGGGUGUCGGCCGGUGCAUACUGGUGGGGCUGCACAUGGACGCCGUCGGCAGGGACCUGCUCCGGUGGGCGCUCAACCAGGCGGCGAGGAGUGGCGACCGCGUCGUCGCCGUGCACAUUUACCGCAAGUCCGACCACAGCAAGACGAACACUCUGAAGCUGAUCAGGACGCUGGACGACUACCUGGCGGAGUACGAGGCCCUCUGCGGCCAGAAAGAAAUUGUUCUCGUGGGCCGGGUGACGCCGGGGAACUCGAUCCAGAAGGAGCUAGUGAAGGAGGCCAAGCACUGCGCCGCCAUGGUGGUGGUGCUUGGCGCCAACAGGAAGUACUCCAUCGGGGGCUCGACUUGCCUGGCGAAGUACUGCGCCAAGAAGCUCCCGCCGACGACCACCGUCGUCGCCAUCCAGAACGGCAAGGCCGUCUUCGUCAGGGAGGCGCCCAAGCUGCCACUUGGAGCAGAGCCGAAGCCGCUGCUCCGCACGGUGCUGCACCCGAGCGUGGGGCUGGAGCCCAAUGUGAUCAUCCCGAACCCGAACCGGAGCGUGCGGUCCAUGCACUUCGACGCCAUGAGCUGCGCUUACGGCGGCGCCGCGCCGGCGACGAAAUGCUUCGAUGACGCCACCAAGGUCGGCUGCGGCGCGGCGCCAGAGCAGAGGCUCGGGUGGCCGCUGCUCCGCCGCGCGCACGACGCCGCCUCCGUCCGUCCCAGCCCCAAGCGCGAGGAGCCGCGCAAGCAGUCGGUGGUGCAGUGGGUGAUGAGCCUGCCGAGGCGGUCCUCGCCGUCCGCGUCCCCCGAGCCGAGCGCCGGGCUCGCAGUGGAGCUCAAGGCAAUGCUCGACGGCGGCGGCGGCGCGCGGUGCCGGUGGUUCCGCUACGAGGAGCUAUACGACUCCACCAACCACUUCUCCUCAGAGAAUCUGAUAGGGAACGGAGGGAACAGCAGAGUAUACAGGGGCAACCUCGCCAGCGGGCAGCAGGUGGCGAUCAAACUAUCCAAGGCGUCGGCCGAGGCGUCCAAGGAUUUCCUCCGGGAGGUGGACAUCAUCACCAAGCUGCAUCACCAGCGGAUCGUCCCGCUGAUCGGCGUCUGCGUCGAAGGCCCCAACCUCAUCUCCGUCUACAGCUACCUCCCCAGAGGCAGCCUCGAGGACAACCUGCACGGGGAAAGGUCGUCAAAGCCGACGCUGUCAUGGGAGAACCGGUACAAGGCGGCGCUGGGGAUCGCGGAAGCCCUGAGCUACGUGCACUCCGGCUGCUCGCGGCCGGUGAUUCACAGGGACGUCAAGUCGUCCAACAUCCUUCUCACAGAAGAGUUCGAGGCUCAGUUAUCCGAUUUCGGGCUUGCCAUCUGGGCGCCAUCGAAUCCGGCCUCCCUGGUGCACAGCGACGUCGUCGGCACGUUCGGGUACCUAGCACCGGAGUACUUCAUGUACGGGAAGGUCACCGACAAGGUGGACGUGUACGCGUUCGGCGUCGUCCUGCUGGAGCUCCUGUCCGGGAGAAAGCCCAUCAGCGGCGACGGGUCGUCACCAAAAGGCCAAGAAAGUCUCGUCAUGCGGGCCACUCCGGUGCUUAACAGCGGCGACAUUUCUGACCUGCUAGACCCGAGGCUAGAGGUGAAGCACGACGAGGUCGAGGUGAGGCGGAUGGCCUCUGCCGCGUCCCUCUGCCUCAGGAGGUCGGUUCGGCUCAGGCCGCCGAUAUCGCAGAUACUGAGCAUACUACGAGGAGAGAGCACGACGAGAAUCGCUGACCAGGGCGCCGCCGCCGAUCCGGACUGCCUGGAUGACGAGGCGUACCCGGCGGCGAACGUGAGGUUGCAUCUGGGCCUCGCCCUGCUGGACGUGGAGGACGCCGAGUCCAUCUCGAGCACCGAGCACAGCAGCGGCUUCAGCACCCUGGAGGAGUACCUCCGGGAACGGUGGAGCCUGUCGUCCAGCUUCGAUUGAUUGACGCCUGCGUUUUUGUGGACAUGUAACUUCGUUUUUCUCCGGCUCUUUUAUUGUUUGGGGUCGAGCUGGGCUGUCAUUGUUUGGUUUGGUUACGAUACCAUGUACAGUACGGUAUCAAAGCAUCACCAGUGCCACAUUUUCGGCACCAGGAGGCUUCCUCGAAAGCUUCUUAUGGUCCUCGACAGUGUCGUUAGUGGAUCUGUGUGCCCUAAUGUUGUCACGUCACUGCCACAAAA